AAAGUUUAUUUAAAUAAAAGGCGUUUAUUAUUGUAUUGAAUUCAAAAAGUGUUAAAAUCAAGCAUUCAAAAUGGGUAAAAGACAACAUCAAAAGGAUAAAAUGUACCUAACAUAUACGGAAUGGACUACGUUAUAUGGAGGUAAAAAAUCUGGUGUUCAAACGACAGAUGAUGUUACAUUUAAAAGGCUCCCAUUUGACCAUUGCUGCUUGUCUUUAAUUCACUUUGAACACCCUUAUUGUGACCCAGAUGGAAAUGUUUUCGAACUUCAAAUGGUUGUUGAUUUUAUUGAGCAUUUUAAAGUCAAUCCAGUGACCGGAAAGACAAUGGACAUAAAAUCAUUACUGAAGUUAAAUUUUUAUAGAAACAGUGAAGGCGCAUAUCAUUGCCCUGUGUUAUUUAAACCAUUCACUCCUAAUUCACACAUUGUGGCAGUGUCUACAACUGGCAAUGUUUUUUCAUAUGAAGCAAUAGAACAACUUAAUAUUAAAACAAAAAACUGGAAAGAUUUGAUUAAUGAUAAGCCAUUCCAACGUAAAGAUUUAAUUGUUAUUCAAGACCCAAAAAAUUUAGAGAAAUUCAAUUUAUCUACAUUUUAUCACAUUAAAAAUAAUGUGAGAGUAGAAACAGAAGAGGAAAAAGCACUUAAGAAGGAUCCAACAGCUCGCCUGAAAACUGUUUCUAGUGAAACGAAGGAUACUUUAGAUGAACUUAAUCGUACAUAUAAAGCUGCAGAAAAGAUUGAGGAAAAUGAGGAAAAGCCAGAUAAAUUUAAUGCUGCACAUUAUACAACUGGCAAAGUGGCCGCUAGUUUUACUUCCACAGCAAUGGUCCCAAAAACUAAGUAUGAAGCAGCCAUAGUACAUGAAGAUUUAGUUAGAUAUGAAAGAGUCAAAAAGAAAGGGUAUGUUAGACUGGUUACCAGUAUGGGAGCCUUAAAUAUUGAACUCUUUUGUGAUGUUGUACCUAAAACAUGUGAGAAUUUUCUUAAGCAUUGUCAAAAUGGAUAUUACAAUGGAACAAAAUUUCAUAGGUCUAUAAAAAACUUUAUGGUUCAAGGUGGAGAUCCCACAGGCACAGGUUUGGGUGGAACAUCAAUAUGGGGGAAAAAAUUUGAAGAUGAAUUUAAACCAAAUCUUACUCAUACUGGCAGAGGAGUAUUAUCAAUGGCUAAUUCAGGUCCAAAUACAAACGGAUCUCAGUUCUUUAUAACAUAUCGUUCAUGUCGACAUUUAGAUGGUAAGCACACAAUUUUUGGAAAAUUAGUAGGUGGCUUAGAUAUUUUAAAUGAAAUUGAGAAAAUUGAAGUUGACAACAAGGAUAGACCAAUUGAGAAUAUUACAAUACGAAAUUGUCAAGUUUUUGUAGAUCCUUUUGCAGAGGCAGAUGAACAGCUCCUGAAAGAAAGAGAAGAGGAAUUAGAGAAACAAACAAAAGAGGAAAGCGAAAAAACAAAGAAAACAAUCAGAGGCCCUUUAAAAGUGUUCCGUGAAGGAGUAGGAAAGUAUUUGAAUACUGCAGCAUCAUCAUCAAGCAGCAACAAUGAGUAA